AGGAAGUCCAAACAUGUUUGACCAUCUUCCAAUUAUUAAGACUUCGAAGGCGACUUAUUACCAGUUUACCUUCGUAUUAUCUAUCGUUGCUAUCGUCCUCACAAUGAUGAUACUAGGCGUCAUAUACUGGGUUGUAAGAUGCCUUGUAGGUAGAGCGAAGUUGAAAUACCAAGAACUAGAUGAAAUUAGCGGGAAUGAAAUUCCAAUGAGAAGGAUUGGAGAGAGACCAGCCUCUCUAGAUGGCGGUGAUUCUGAUACUGAUAGGCCUAGAGAAAAUGAGCCUGGCAGAUGAUAUGAUACAAAAACCCAGGGAAGGCUUAGAAUAGUCUGGGUUGCACUUGAAGCAGCACUUCUGUUCUGCCUCACUUGCCUUUUUGAUGUGUUUGUCGCAUAUGAUUAUCUACCUGCUAAUUUCUUGGUUGCACUGUUUAAACUAGUUCUUAUAUUUCCAUUGUGGUUCUUGGCAAUCAAUAGAUUCUUGAAAAUACUGUUUGUUUCCCCUGAGAUGAUUCAUCGUUUAAGAAAGUGGAUAAUUCCUUUAGUAAUUGUUCUCUUUAUUUAUUGUUACUCUUCAGUUACAUUUUAUGCUGGCUUCUGCAUGUGAAUUCACAACAAUACAACACCGGGGUUGAACAUCAUGAAGUUUCACUUCUCAACUGCUUGGGGGAGGUAUCAUAUGGAUCCAACAUGCCCUGAUGAGCAAAAACCAUGAAUAGUUUACCCAACACUUCCUGAAAAUGGACUAAAUGAUGUCUUUUUCAACUUUCAUGUAAAUCCUGCUUCCUGUGCUAAAAAUACCUGUGAUCCAACAGUGGAGUACCAAAAGGUAGGUGACAGUACUUGGAGUAAGAUCAGACCUGUAAAGAAUGAAUACGAUCACCCAGAAUCUGAGUAUUCUCGAAGAGAAAUUUACACAGCUCUGGUUGAAAAUCUUGAUGAAAAUAGUACUUACCUGUUCAAAUUCGAAAACUCUGCUUGGAACAAUCCUAAAUCUGAGAUGUACUCCUAUAAGACUUUCAACAAGGAUAACUUCUCGAUUCUUCUUGGAGGAGAUGUUGGCAAUAAGCAAGGAGCAGUUGAUAUGAACAAAAAUGUAGUUUCAAAACUUAAUUUUGACAUGAUCAUGAUUGGAGGAGAUAUAGCUUACGAUAACGGAGUCCCAACUUGCUACAGAGCAGUAGACUAUUUCCUUAAAAGACUUCCAUAUGAUAGGUACGACGAAGAGACUAACUCAACAAGAGUUGUUCCUCUGAUGAUUGCCCUAGGAAAUCAUGAUGCUGGUGUUAACUCAUAUGUUGGAGCAGAGAUCCCCCAUACUAAGCAUGAGCCAAUAUUUAAGCAUUAUUUCCCUCAAAACACAGUUAAUGGCAAAGUCCCUAAUGUGACGGAAAGAAGGUCUUAUUUCCAACAUAAAUUAGGAAACAAACUCCAGAUGUUUUUUCUAGAUGCUGGAUAUUAUUCACCCAUGGAAGGAAACCAAACAGCCUGGCUGCACAAUCAUCUUGAGGCUUCAAACGCUGAGAUAAAGAUGGCCCAAUACCAUGGGCCAAUAGUAACAGCAGUAAGGCACACAAGUGACCCAGAUUAUAAAGUUAUUAAGCACGGAAAAGAAGAGUGGAUUCCUUUAUUUGAUAAAUACAACAUGACAAUUGUAUCAGAGAAUCACUCUCAUGUCUUCAAAAGAAGCAAGAAGCUCCUAAACUUUGAGGAAAGUGAGGAAGGAACCGUUUACCUUGGAGAAGGUUCAUGGGGAAUUCAUGUUGAUGAUAACCCGCCACACGUUGACCCACAAUGGUUUGUCAAAUGGAAGAUAACUCAACAUAUCUGGCACUUAGAGUUCACCCAGGAUAGACAAAUUAUCGCUAAAGCUUAUGAUGAAAAAUUUAACAUGCUUGAUGAGGCAAAAUACAGAUACUAAUAAAAAAUUCAACUACUCC